AUGUCCGCUUCGCUCACGUACGAGGCGCGCGCGGCACGACACCCGAACGCGUGUGCCAAGGGACUGCUCGAUACAAUUGUUCGGAAGCAGUCGAAUCUCUGCGUUAGUGUGGACGUGACUCGCAAAGAGGACCUGCUGGCUAUCGUGCAUGCUGUGGGCCCCUACGUAUCGCUGGUUAAGACGCACAUUGACAUUAUCGAGGACUUUGACUGGGAUCUCAUUGAGCAACUGUCCGAGCUCAGUGUGAAACACAACUUUCUCAUUUUCGAGGACCGCAAAUUCGCCGACAUCGGAAACACAGUGAGUCUGCAGUACGGGGCCGGCGUGCACAAAAUCGCACGCUGGUCGCACAUCACCAAUGCGCACCUUGUGCCCGGCCCGGGUAUCAUUGAUGGCCUUGCCUCUGUAGGUCUGCCUCUGCAGCGCGGCCUCCUCCUGCUGGCCGAGAUGAGCACGAAGGGUAGCCUCACGACCGGGGCAUAUACCACGGCCAACGUGAAGGCGGCGAUGGAAGACGCAUCAGACUUUGUGAUGGGCUUUAUUGCGAUGCACCGCGUGCACGAGGACCCGAGCCAUAUGCCAGAGGGCAUGACCGAGGCCCAGCGGCAGAAGGACCUGCUCAUUCUCACACCCGGCGUCGGACUGGACGUGAAGGGCGACGGCAAGGGCCAGCAAUACCGCACCCCGAAGGAAGUGAUUCAGGACAGCGGCUGUGAUGUCAUGAUUGUAGGCCGUGGCAUCUAUGGCGCCCUUCUCAAGCCGGACAUGGACCGCGAGCAGGCCAUGUCGGAGGUGACCGCGCAGGCGCAGCGCUACCGCGAUGCUGGCUGGAAGGCGUAUCUGGACCGCCUAGCGCCCCGGAGCACUCGGAGAUCGGUCCGCCACGAAGCAAGACAGAUGCACACCUCUGUCAAGUCGGAGGAGGCGCCGCUGGAUCGAGUGAGGCCGCCCUCGCCCAGGGCGUCGCCGAGCAAGAAAAUCAAGAUGGAUCUGAGCGAUGAGGAGGCACGCAAGAUCAAGGUGCCUAAGAACUGGGAGCGCGUAUACGAGCUGCUGGCGUACCAGCGCAAGGAGAUUAUCACCCCUGUGGAUACGAUGGGCUGUGAGGAGAAUGGCCAGGAAGAGCGGCGCGCCGACCGUGGACGGCGGCGCAAGGACGGUAUGGAAGAAAGCGAAGAUGAGAAGGCGAAACGGCUGCGAUUUACGACGCUCGUGAGUCUGAUGCUCAGCUCGCAAACGAAAGAUCCUGUGACAGCCAACGCGGUGCACCAGCUGCAGACCAAGCUGGACGACGGGCUCACGCUGGCAUCCAUGCAAAAUGCGCCCGACGAUCUAAUCAUGGAGUGCAUUGGCAAAGUAAGCUUUUACCGGAGAAAGACAGAGUACCUGCGCAAAAUGACGCACAUGCUGCAGGAGCGGUGGGAGGGCGAUGUGCCGCGCACCGUCGAUGAGCUGUGCGAGAUUCCUGGCGUCGGCCCCAAGAUGGCCUUCUUGCAGAUGCAAAGCAUGGGCCUCAAUGUGGGCAUCGGCGUGGAUACGCAUGUCCACCGCAUUUCGAACCGCCUGCGCUGGUGCAAGACGACGACACCCGAGCAGACGCGCCUGGCGCUGCAGAGCUGGCUUCCCAAGCAGUACCAUACGGAAAUCAAUAAGCUCAUGGUUGGGUUUGGCCAGGUGAUCUGCCUGCCGGUGAGCCCGCGCUGCGAGUACGUGUCCUCUACUCAUGAAAGCCUCUGCGCGAUUGGCCGCGCUCGCCUCUGUCCGUCCUACAAAAAGGUCGACCAGAAGACGUUGAGCAAGCGUGUGCCAGUGUACUAUGUCGACGGCACCGUGGACCGCGGGGAGGGCCGCGUGCCUGUGGCCAAGGACGAGCCAGCCGUAGCGUCCUCGCUCGAGUGGUAG